AUGUAUUUUGUCCAAAUAACUACACAACAUGUAAUACCUCCUUCAACAACAAAUAAUGAAACUAUUGCAAUUGCUAGUGGAGAUACUAAUCUUUCACGUAUUGAUUUUAAAGAAAAAGAAGAAUGUACACCAUAUGAUUCACAAUUCUAUACAAGCGAUUUAUCUGUUGAACGUAGUUUUAAAAUUCUAGGUGAGAAAACAUUAGAAAAUUUGGCUAAAACAGGUAUUACUGAUAUCGUAGUACUUGAUACACUUAGUCAAAGCCAAAUACGACAUAUGAUGCUUGUUGGUCGACGUAGACUAAUUCAAAUAUUGUCAUUUACUAUAAAAGAAUUUCGUGAACUUACUAAAUUAACUGAUUUACUAUCAAUGUUAAACAAAGAAGAUUUUAAUUGA